AUGGGUGUAGUCCCCCUCGACCUCUCGCCUUCCCGCCCCUCUACCAGUCAACCCCUUCUCACCCUCUCUCCCGUCCUUCUAUCUCCGUCAAUCCCUCGCCUCCCUGUCUCCCUCAUUUCCCCCCUCCACCCCCAUCAUUCCCUUCCCUCAUUCCCUCCAUUUCUCCCUUCUCUUCCCUCCAGGUCCCCACUAUUUGUUCUCUCCUGCCAUGCAUGCCCUUACUUCCACCUCCUGAUUUCCCUCCUUUCUCCACCUGCGCCCCCUUUUAUUUCCCCCUGCUUCCCCUCGUUUCAUCCUGCUUACCUUCUUUCCCUAUCCUCUUCUGCACCCGUUGUCCCCCUUUCCCCCCCCUGCCCUCCUCUCUCCCCCUUGUCCUUUACUCUACCCAUUGACCUUUACUCUACCCCCUGUCCUCCUCGCUCCCCUCUGUCCUCCUCUCUAUUCUUGUCCUCGCUCCCCUCCUCUUCCCACCUUCCCACCUUCUCUCAUCCCGUACUCCCAUCUUCCAUUCCCCCCCUCCUUCUCUCAUCCUCUCCCCUCCCCCCGCAACUCCCUUCCGUCCUUCUCUCGUCCGGUCCUCCCCUCUAUCAUCCCAUCCCUCCUUCUCUCAUCCCCUCCUUCCCUUACUCAUCCCCUCCUCCCCUCGCUUCUCUCCUCCGUCCUUCUCUCAUCCCCUCCUCCCAUCUCUCAUCCCCUCCCUCCUUCUCUCAUCCCCGCCUCCCCUCGCUCCUCCCCUCCGUCCUCUCAUCCCGUCCCUCCUUCUCUCAUCCCCUCCUUCCCUCACUCAUCCCCUCCUCCCCUCUCCCAUCCCCUCCUCCCUUCUCUCAUCCAAUCCGCAGCCUAAAUCAUUCCCUCAUCCCCUCUCUCUUCCCCUCCUCCCCUCUCUCAUCCCCUCAUUCCCUCUCUCAUCUCCUCCUCCCAUCGCUCCUCCCCACUUUCCGUCUCUCAUCCCGUCCUCCACUCUCCCAUUCCCCCCCUCCUUCUCUCAUCCCCGCCUCCCCUCACUCCUCCCCUCCGUCCUUCUCUCAUCUCAAUGUCCCCUCUAUCAUCCCCACCCUCCUUCUCUCAUCCCCGCCUCCCCUCCAUCGUCCGUUCCGCUACUUUCUCAACCUCAACAACCCAACCUCCUUUCCAAGCUUGGGCCCUUACUCCACCACGGGCCACCCUUACUACCUCGUUCCUCUCUCCUGUACCGUCACCUCCUUGCCACCUUCACUACCCCAAAACCAUCUUCAACACACCCUCCCCUCCCCCUCCAUCCCCUCCUCAGGACCUCGACAACCACUCCUCCUUUCCAAGCUUGGGCCCUUACUCCACCACGGGCCACCCUUACUACCUCGUUCCUCUCUCCUGUACCGUCACCUCCUUGCCACCUUCACUACCCCAAAACCAUCUUCAACACACCCUCCCCUCCCCCUCCAUCCCCUCCUCAGGACCUCGACAACCACUCCUUUUGUCCCCUCAAGUUGA